AUGACAUUGGGGUUUAUGAGAUCUGCCCGCCGAGAAUCAUCUAAUCGACUUUUCAGGGUGGAGUUGGACAGCCUGACGUCCGCCACGUCCGCCGCCCAGUGCAUCUGUCAGAUACUGCUAGGAACCCUAACGCCUCUCGCCGACACAAACGGUCUCGACCUCGAUUGGGAAUUUGCGGUCUCGGAUGGGGAAGUCUUUAUUGCGCGAUUUCGUUGGCAUACGAUAGCCGACGCCUAUGUGGAAGAGUCCAGUCAAGGCACUGCUGCAACGAGGAAAGUCCUCGACAUUGAGUCUCCCGGCUUGCUACAAACUAACUUCCUCAGCGCGUUAGGAGCCAUCACUGCUGUUGAUUUAGGGCUUGAAGAAUCAGGUAUUGUUCAAGCUGUUGGCUCUAGGAUAGUGGAUUUAUCCGUUAGCGAUCAAGAUUCAUAG